UAAUUCUGAUUACAAGUCGAAUAUGUAAAAUCUGUUUUAAACCCCUUUAAUCCAAUAUAAAUGAAUUUUUUUGUUCCAGCCAAUAAAAAAGGUGUAUAACUACAGUACUUGAUGGACAUAAUGUCAUGUACGUCUGUACAUUUGCUUGCCAAUUUUCUUUUUCUCUGUGGUUUAGAGUAAUUGUAUUGUCAGAAAACCUCACCAAACGUAAACCAUGGCAGAGAAUUCUUUGUUGCCCAUUAUUUGUCCCUUUCUAAUUUUUCCAAUUAAUAAUUAUUGCCCAACCUGCCCACUUCUUUUUUUUUCUAUAUUUCCCUAAGGUUUCCCCGUCUAUUAUUCUGAUCUUGUUUUGGUGAAUGGCUACUGAUGCUCAAGCCUCGGGCUCCGGCUCGGGCUCAGGCUCAGGCUCAGGCUCAGGCCCUAGUUCGAUGUUUCAGUCGCUUCCUCCGCCUCGACCCAAGUCUCCGCCUGAUUUGCAUGGUAGAAGAAGGGAGAUGAUUAGACUUCAAACGCUUGAAAGGGAGAUUAGUUCUCUUGAGGAGGAGUUAAAAUUUGCGCAUCGCCUUCAGCCUUCUUCAAGAUGCUGCAAAGAGUAUGCUUGGUUAUGCAAUAGCCUUAAUUGUGGAUUUUUUCGCAGCGAAUGCAGAUCCAUUGGUUCCAACAAAUCGGAAACUAAGGAUGUCUUGCCGUUUAUGGAAGUGGCUCUGUGGAUCAUCAUGCUUGAGCCUUUCAUGGAUUUGCUGCAGUAUAGGGUGCACAAACUGCACUCUGAACCUCAAAAAACCGCAAUGCUGUGCCUGUUAUUCGUGUCCUUCGAGUGAAUGCUGUUCGUGCAUCAGCUGUUCCAUACCAAAGUGCAGCUGUUGGUGUAGUAAUCCUUUCUCGUGCAGCUGUUUCAAGAAUCCAUGCUGCGGAAGCUAUGAAAGUUGCUGCACUUUGAAGCCCCCUCCGUGCUUCGACUGUUGUAGCUGUAAAUGUAAAUGUGCUUGCCUAAAAAACCCAACAUGUUCGGAGAUAUGCAGUUGCGAGUGCAACUGCCGAUGCGCUUGUCCGAAAUGCUCAUCAUGUUCGGGUUUAUGCAAUUGGAAAUGCCCAAGAUGUUCAGAUAUAUGCAAUUACUGUUUAGGGUGUGUAGGCUGUAUAACAAAUUGUUGCUGUUGUGAUGACUGUUUUAUAUGCUGUUAGCUUUUUCAUUUAAGAUGUGCAAUCGUGAAGUGUCUUUUGUCCUUUCUUCAAAAUUCCAAUGCAGCAAUUUUCAUUAUUCUUCAAUGUAUAAAAGUGCAAAAUAUACAUAUUUUUUUUUAUCAGCUAGUCUCUUAAGAGACCGUCUUUUUGAGAGGCGUAUCUUAAGCCCAACCCAUUAAAGAUUAAUGUUUACUUAUCGUAUUUUUAAUGCCUAAUUACAUUAUUCUUAAUACUUACUUACCCUAUCCUUAACGCCU